UGACCCCCAACCCUCACAACCCGCACCAUGCACUUCUCCUUCACUCCCUCACAUCUCUUCGUUUCAUUCUAACAACACCAUGAACUCCGGCAACCAAACCACCGCCACCCUCUCCAAUGGCCGAAGUGCCUCCACCACCAACCUCGGCUUCCUCUGGCUCUUGCCGGCGGAGAUCCAAGUCCUCGAGCUGCUCCUCGCCCUGUCGAUGUUCGUAACGUUGCAUGCCUUGCGGCAGAGCAAGCGGCAGGGCCUCGCCGUAUGGCCCUUCGUCGGCAUGCUGCCGUCGCUCAUCCUCGGUCUCCGCCACGACAUGUAUGAGUGGAUCACCGGCGUGCUCGACGGGCUCGGCGGCACGUUCAUCUUCCGCGGCCCGUGGUUCACCAACCUCCAGUGCGUCGUCACUGCGGACCCCCGCAACCUGGAGCAUCUCCUCAAGACCAAGUUCUCUAACUUCCCCAAAGGCGGGUACUUCCGGAGCACCGUCCGCGACCUCCUCGGCGACGGCAUCUUCAGCGCCGACGACGAGGUGUGGCGGCGCCAGAGGAAGAUAGCAAGCCUCGAAUUCCACUCCGCCGAGUUCCGGUCCAUGACGGUCCGAUCCCUCUACGAGCUCGUCCACUCGAGACUCCUCCCGGUGCUGGAGUCCGCCCACAACAACCGUACGCCGAUCGACCUCCAGGACCUGCUGCUGCGGCUGACCUUCGACAACGUGUGCAUGAUCGCCUUCGGCGUCGACCCGGGGUGCCUCAGCCCCGGGCUGCCGGAGAUCCCCUUCGCUCGCGCCUUCGAGGAUGCGACCGAGGCCACGAUUAUCCGAUUCGUCACGCCGACCGCCAUAUGGAAGGCUCUGCGCUUCCUCGACCUCGGGAACGAGAGGAGGCUCAAGCGGUCGCUGAAGCGCGUCGACGAGUUCGCCUACGAGGUCAUUCGGACGAGGAAGAAGGAGCUGUCGCUGGAGUCCGGCGACGACAAGAAGCCGGCGAGGUCCGACCUAUUGACCGUCUUCAUGAGGGUCAAGGACGACGACGGGACGGCGUUCUCCGACGGGUUUCUGAGGGAUGUGUGCGUGAAUUUUAUACUCGCCGGAAGGGACACGUCGUCGGUGGCGCUGGCCUGGUUCUUCUGGCUCUUGAACCGGUACCCGGAGGUGGAGGACCGGAUUCUUGGGGAGCUUAGGAAGAUUCUGGAGGAGAGAGGAUAUAACGGCGAGGGGGUCGAAGGAGAGAAGGAUUUGGUGUUCAAGCCGGAGGAGGUGAAGAGGAUGGAGUAUCUACAGGCGGCUCUGUCGGAGGCUCUACGCCUGUAUCCGUCGGUGCCGGUGGAUCACAAGGAGGUUGUAGAGGAUGAUGUAUUUCCUGAUGGUACUGUACUGAAGAAAGGAACGAAGGUUCUGUAUGCCAUCUACUCUAUGGGGAGAAUGGAGAGCAUAUGGGGGACGGACUGCAGGGACUACAAGCCAGAGAGGUGGCUCAGGGAUGGCCGCUUCAUGAGCGAGUCUGCAUACAAAUUUGCUGCCUUCAAUGGCGGACCGAGGCUGUGCCUGGGGAAGGACUUUGCAUACUAUCAGAUGAAGUUUGCCGCAGCUUCCAUCCUCUAUCGAUACCAUGUAAAGGUGGUCGAGAACCACCCAGUGGCCCCCAAGUUGGCGCUAACCAUGUACAUGAAGCACGGCUUGAAGGUGACUCUCUCCAGAAGGAAUGACACCAAGCUUUUAAAAUAGUAAAUAAAUGAGGUGAAGCUUCAAAGGCUUAAAUCAGAAAGCCGUAUUAAGGUUCUACUUUGAUCUGUUUUUAAGAUACAUGGGUAUUGAAUUAGUAGGAUAGAAGAUGUCAUCAUGUGCAAAAGCCUCCCGGUGGGAACUUUUUCUUUUUUGUUUAUUGUUUGAUGUGACGAAACUGAUAUCGUCAAGUUCCAUAGUUUUACGGUAAGGCUUUUCUUUCAGUAUUCUAUACUUUUUUGAAGCCAACCAUAUGUUUUAUGGAUGGCUCCAAUCUACUCUUGUAAACCAAUUGUACCUCAAGUAAAAGCUAUAACGUUUUUAAUGAAUUAUUCAAAGUAAAACCUCAUAUAUUAAAUAAA